CUGUGUUGCACAUUACAAUAAUGGCAUUCUCACAAUCAUUCAGAAAAGGACAAGUACCUGUCAAUUGUAACGUAUGUGAAACAGCAAGACCUAUCAAGUGGAAAUGCAUAGACUGCAGUAUUCUCAUGUGUAACAACUGUAGAGAACAAGUACAUUCUAAAUUCAAAAAUGCACAAGAGCAUAAAACAAUAGACAUCAAGGAUGUAGGACUGCACACAGAGGAAAUUGAUUUCACCAAUAUUAAGUGUAUACAACAUUCAUCACAAUCUUGCUGCCUUUUUUGCAAGACAUGCGACUUUCUUGUGUGUCCAACCUGUUUUGCCAAAGAUCAUAAGAGACAUGACUUAACUGAGAUAAGUGAAGUGUACAAUAUGAAAAUACAGAGACUGAAAGAAGGACAAGGUAGAAUUCAAAGCAGUAAUUCUAAAUCAGCUAUCCAAAUAGGCCAGCUUCAGAAUCUUGUAAAUGAGGAAAAUCGGAAGCAUUUAAAAGUCAGAACAGAUAUAAUUGAUCAUAAAAAAUUUAUUAAAGAACAAGUAGAGAAAUAUUUCAACGAACUUAGUAACAAACUGGAUCAGAGUCAUGAAAAUGUUCUUUCAUCACUGACGUCUGAUCUUAAUGCUGUCUCCUUGUUCAAUACACAGACAAAGGAUAAAACAACUGAAGUCCAAGAUUUCAUUCAAAUCACUGAUGCUUCCAAAUUCUUCAGAGAGGUCAACGAGAUGGAGCAAUCCCUUGACAUACCAAUACAACAAAUUCAAUCAAGUUACAUUUCAUCACCAAAAUUUGUUACAGGGAAUAUCACUAAGUCUAAUAUUGGAUCUUUCGAAGAUGAUAAAAUUGUAUACAUGGAACCAAAUAUAUCUCUAGUUAUCAAGGAGGAAUACCAGUCUGAACUCCCAGCAAUAGUCUUUAUCAGACCAUGUGUUGAUAAUUCAUACUGGAUAUGUGAUACUAAGGAAAGUAUGUUACAAAAUGUAAAACCUGACGGGGCCAAACUAAGCAAAAUAUCACAAUAUGAGAUAAAGGUCUAUGGUAUAGCAGUACUUCCAUCUAAUGAUGUCCUCUUAGCGACAGAAAGGGGAACAAGGCUACAAAAACUCACUAUAACCACUGGUAAACUAAUAGACACUGUAUAUGAUGUGGCACCUUUAGUUCCUGUUACCAUCCACAUAACAAGUGGUAAUAAAGUAGUUGUAGGAGGUAGCAGUAAGAACCUAGGAAGAAGAGCUGUGUUUGUAAUGAAUGAGCAGGGAGGACAUGAGACUGUGUAUGAACAUGACCAACAUCAUCAACCAAUAUUUACUUACCCAAGGAGUAUAAGCAGUACCAGAAAUGGAAACAUAUUUGUUUUAGAUUAUCAUCUAGGUCGCAAUAGUGGAAGAGUAGUAGUCUUAGAACAAGGAGGUGAUAUAAUAAAUGAAUAUACUGGCCAUUCAGACAUCAAUACGGAUCAACCAUUCAAUCCUAGGGACAUAGUGGCAACUCCUGAGGACAAUGUGGUUGUAAAAGGUCAAAAUGAUUCAUUUUUAUACAUUCUGAACAACCAAGGUUACCUAAUGACAUACUACAACAUUAAAAACAUAGGAAUAAUCCAUCCAUUCUCUCUUGCUUUGAAUACUUCAGGACAACUCUGCAUUGGCUGUAGUAGGGCUGCAGGAAGUAAUACUAAGGAAGCCAAGUUGUAUGAAGUUAACAUUUCUGGAUUUUAAUACUUUUUUUCAAAUGAUUAUUCCUUGUGAACAUUCAGUACCAGAACAUGUCAUAAUUGAUGAACCUUUUAACUAUACAAACAUUCAUUAUAAGGACAAAUGGGAUUUUUAUUUUAAACAACAAACAGUAAAAUAUCAAGUUGUUA